CGAUUCUGAGCUACGCAGAAUCAAGGAUGCAUUCAAGCGCUCGGCCGGAACUACCGGUACGGCGCUCAGCAAAGCUGCCUUCGUCCAGGAUGUGCUUGGCGACGGUGUUCCGGCCAUGGUGGCCGAUUGGCUGUUUACGGCCUGCGGUGGUACCGGUAAAGGAAUCGCCUUUAAGGAACUGCUCUGUGGACUCGUACUCCUCACCAAAGGUACCCAGGAGGAGAAAAUAAGAUUUCUGUGGACGUUAUACUGUAACGAUUCCGGCACACAUAUCCUGAGGCAAGAUUUCCUGAAAGCAAUCCAAGUGGAGACCACUUACCAAAGCAAUGCCAUCAGCUCUACGGCCAUCAAUGCCACGAGCAGCGGAAGCAACAAUCAAGCUCUGGUCAACAACAAAAGCAACAGCUUGUCCCGAUAUACGGUGGCCCUGUUUGGGCAGAAUGACCGGGUCUCGUUCGAGCAGUUCAAGUCAUGGAUCCAGAUCUACAAAGGUGCCACGGUGCUCUCGAAGUGGCUGCUACAGGAUACGAGUGUGAGUCUCAGUUCGGAGCUGGAAACUCCCACGUUCUACCAGAGUUUGGCCGGGGUAACCCAUCUGGAGGAACAAGAUAUUGGAGAUCUGGAGAAGGUGUUCUGGCUGCUGAAGGGAUUGGCCGUUACGGGACAGUUGGAUGUUGAAUCCUUGGGGCCUUUGAUAUGCCCUCCGAUACCAAAGGCUGCUUUGGGAGGGGUUUUUCUUGCUUUUGAUGAAAACCACGAUGGUCACAUUGAUUUCAAGGAGCUGUGUUGCGGUGUGAGUGCGGCCUGCCGUGGGCCAAAUGUGGAGCGGAGCAAGUUCUGUUUCAAGGUGUUCGAUAUCGAUCGGGAUGGGGUGCUUAAUUUUGGUGAAGUUGGCAAAAUGGUGGAUAUUCUGUUGUUUGUGGCCAAGGAAACUAACGCUGGCUGCUACAGAAAUAUUACCAGCAAACAAGUGAUGGAUGAACUCUAUCGAAGGUCUACUGAUAUUACAUACGGUUCCGGGGGAACCAAAAUGCAACAGGUACCAGAUCCUUUACCGGAGUUUAAGUUCACCCAGGAAGAUUUCCUCAUAUGGAGUAUUGAGAGUACGUCAAAUUUGGUGCAGCCAUUUUUGGAUUUGUUGUUCGAGGUGUGUCAUAUUGUUCUUGGUUUGAGGCCACAGUGCAAGCAUUUAGAAGGUGAUAUUGUGCGUGGAUGGUUGGCACGUGAAGUAAGACGUGGUUACAAGGUCGGUCAGUUCUGGUAUCUAAUUUCCGCGGACUGGUGGCAACAUUUCACACAAUACACCCAACCUGCAAUGAAUUCGAGCUGUGUUCACUGUAAAAUAGCAUCCAGUUAUGCGAACAGCCGUCAAAAUGCCUCAGCCACUAUAGCUGGCGUCGAUGAAGCAGUCAUCUGUGAUGAAAGUUUUAACUCUAACUCUACUGAAAGUAUGGGCGACCUGCUAAAUACCGGAGGAGAUUCAUCUAGUCUAGGGUCAGGUAGCAGUGGUAUUUCUUGUGGACGACAUCCAGGUAGUCCGCCGGGAUUGAUUGAUAACAGUACCCUCAUUGCACCGGUCCUUUACAAACCAAUGCAAGUUCCCACGCUAACCGGUGAAGGGGGUCGUCUGAAAAGAGAUCUCACCUUAGUCCAGCAUCGCGAUUUCGAGCUCGUUCCAGAUUCUUUGUGGAAGGCUCUAGCCCAAUGGUAUGGAGGUCCUCUCCCUUUACCAAGACAAGUCAUUCAACCUCUCAGUACUGCAGACGUGGAAUUGGAGCUCUAUCCUCUGAAUCUACGCAUAUUAAGACAUCAAAACCCCACCGCACAACAACAACAGCAAACGAACAGUGCAUGGGGAAACAUAUCAGGAGGAUAUGGAGUUCUCACGGGCGGGAACUAUUCGAAUGUGUCAGUUUCAAACAUGCUACAACCGCCGAAAAAGUAUCUCGCGUACACCGCUGCAUUCAGCCGGCUUGCCACCGUCAAACAGGUCGCUGAAUUCCUCUGCCAAAGACUGAAACUACGUGUCGAAGACAUACGAUUAUGGCACCUAGUGCCGACUGCCUCUUCUGUUGCCGAAUUCCCUUAUCUUCUGGAAGAAGACAACCUCAGUCUGCAGGAUCUAUCCAUAGCAGACAACGACCAACUCCUACUAGAAAUACGGAACAAAGACCUCACCUGGCCUGAAGAAUUGGGUUCACUAGCUCUUUCUCACCCAGGAAGCACCCACAGUAACCAAGAAAGACGAGGAACAGUCGCCUCAACUCAUUCCCUUCAUCCACCCGGGGCCACUGGUCUCCACAACCUUGGCAAUACGUGUUUCAUCAAUGCAGCCCUGCAAGUUCUUUUCAACACCCAACCUUUGACGCAGUAUUUCAUCCGAAGCAUGCAUCUGUAUGAACUGAACACAGGCAACAAGCUGGGUACCAAAGGUCAAUUAGCAAUCCGAUAUGCCGAGCUGCUCCGUGAAGUUUGGACCGCGUCGCAGCGCUCGAUUGCCCCGAUAAAACUUCGUUUCUGUAUUACUAAAAACGCUCCGCAAUUCUCCGGCGGAGGUCAGCACGAUUCCCAGGAGCUGCUGGACUGGUUGCUCGAUUCACUGCACGAAGACCUGAACCGGGUCAUGGAGAAACCGUACAGCGAACUGAAGGACUCGGACGGCCGUUCGGAUGUGGUGGUCGCCAUGGAAGCUUGGAAUCAGCAUCACGCUCGAAAUCAAAGUAUUAUCGUAGAUCUGUUCUACGGACAGCUGAAGUCGAAGGUGACCUGCAGCGGGUGCGGUCGUGAUUCGGUUCGAUUCGAUCCGUUCAGUUUGCUCAGUUUACCACUGCCCCUGGAGAACUACACCUACUGCGAGGUUUUAGUGACUCUGCUCGAUGGUUCCGUUCCGAUCAAGUACGGACUCCGGCUGAACUCCGAACUGAAGUAUUGGGAUCUGAAAAAACAGCUGAGCGACCUGUGCCAGCUGGAUCCGGAACUGAUGUUGAUCUGUGAGCUGUCCAACUCGCAGAUACGCUGCAUUCUACCUAACGAUCAAAAGGUCAAACCGAGCACCGCUGCCGAGCUGUACGUCUACGAGCUGCCCCAGUCGGAUAACGUUCUUGUGCGAUCCCGAGCCGGAUCGGAACUCGCCAUCAACAUCGAAAAAGGCCUCAAAGACAUACAACGGACACCAGCUCUUCUACUACCACCACUAGAGCCCAACCAGCUGACGACCAGUUCGGUUAGUACUACAAUCUCAUCCUCGUCCUCGUCAUCGACUACGGUGGACGAUACGGUAGCCAUCGCAGGUCGUUAUCGAUCAUCUGGAGAAGCUGCGGGAGCAGCAAACGGAACGAAUGGCUCUGGUGGCGCCGGGGCUAACAGCCAUCGAAGAACCGACUCCUCCGGGACGACGACCGCGUCGAAGGUAAGCCGGUGCUUUGGCAACACACUCUGCAUGCCUCCGAAUAUGUUGUGCUUCAAGAACAUACCAGAAAUCAGCGCUAGUCCAGACAGUACAUUUAUCUUCAGCGAAGGUACCCAUCAUCCGUACGGGGUGAGCAAUCCCUACGCAACUGCCAACACCACCACCUCGACGACGCAUAACUUCAAGGAUCACAACCGCCCCAAAGCUACGGCGUCGGCCAAUCUAACCAAUCAUACCGGCGAUGGUUCGGUCGGUGAUGGCUGGCACUUGUCUGCCGGAGGUGGCGGCACCACUAUGUGCAACGGAAUCGGAGAUUUCGAACAUGGGACAGCUGCCGGAGCUGAGAGUGAUAUUAUUUACAACGGGCACCUGUCGGAUGGUGAGGCCGAAUCAUUCCCGUACGCCGAUAGUUUUCAUGGGCAUCAUUCGGGAGAUGCGUUUAAUCUAAGUGCAAUUAGGCGGCCACCUAGCGCCACCAGCGGGACCAACCACUUCUCACGGAACUGCCCAAACAAUAGCGGUGUUAACAAUAGCUAUCUGAUAGCGGUUCAUCGGAAGCUCAGCCGGCAGGAUACCUACUUCUUGUCGCAUCACAAAUCCCGACCCGGAUUAUUCGGAGUGCCAUUGCUGAUACCCUGCUACGAAGGCGUUACAAACAAGCAAUUGUACUGUUCGGUGUGGGUUCAGGUGGCAAGGUUGCUCAGCCCACUUCCACCGACUCCGCCGGAUCAAUCCAACCACGCUACUGACUGUGAUGAUAGCUUAGGUUAUGAUUUCCCGUUUACCCUGAGAGCCGUGGCGAGUGGAGGACGAGUUUGUGCGCUUUGCCCGUGGUCUCGAUUCUGUCGUGGCUGUGAAAUUCCCUGCACCGACGAGUUACUUCUGCAAGGCCUCGUGGCAUCAGGACUCCCCUCAAGUAACAGCUCGACACCGAAUCUGUCGUCCCGGGAGCACACCCCAACUUUCCGCCGUAAGGUGUACGGUAGCUCGACGACAUCUUCACUAGAUGGAAACCAAUCCUCGCCGUCGCCCUCACUGCGGACAAUCAACAACAGCAACAUCCAGAUCGCCAUCGAUUGGGACCCGACGGCAUUGCAUCUGCGUUAUCAGAGCACCCGGGAGCGACUUUGGACCGAGCACGAAACGGUGGCCAUAUGCCGGCGGCAGCAAACCGAGCCGGUCGAUCUCGAUCACUGCCUGCGGGCGUUCACCUCCGAGGAGAAGCUGGAACAAUGGUACCACUGUUCACACUGCAAGCAGAAGAAACCGGCUACCAAGAAGCUACAGAUCUGGAAACUGCCACCGAUUUUGAUCGUUCACCUGAAGAGAUUCAACUACGUCAACAACAAGUGGGUAAAAUCGCAAAAGGUAGUCAAUUUCCCGUACGAAGAUUUCGAUCCGACUCCGUACCUGGCCUCGGUUCCACAGGAAACCAUACUACGCCACAAGGAAUUGCUGGAUGGGGGCGGAAGUGCUUCAGCGCACGACGUUCGCAACCACGAUUGUCAUGACGAGAUCGUGGAAUUUGACCGGGAAAUGUCGAUGAUCGAUGAGGUGAGCGACGAAGUAUCCCUUUCAUCCAUUACGGGUACGAUUGAGGCUGGCCGAGUGGAAAAAGUAGUCCAGCCUAAUACAGCAGACCAGCAUACGUCGGAAAGUGCGACGGUGAGUGAACCUAGCAAAAGUAUUACGCCGGCCAUUGCCGGUACGCAUCCGGUAGCGUGCGCGCGACAGGAAGUAUCGACGGCUGAUGACAGUCCAGAGAAGGGCAAAAAUCGGUCCAGCGUGAAACUGAAAGGACAACGGAAGCGAUUGGUUUCUUCCAGUUUGACCAAGACACCAGUGAUCGAUGGAGAGUUCAUCGAUUUUCACCAACACAACCUGAAGGCCGAACGAGAUCCGUUCGACCUUAAAUAUCAGUUGUAUGCUGCUGUGUGCCACUCUGGAAUGUUGAACGGCGGCCACUACGUGUCCUAUGCGGCAAAUCCUAACGGGUCCUGGUACUGUUAUAACGAUAGCUCGUGCCGGGAGAUACCGACUCGGCCGAAAAUCGAUCCCAGUACGGCCUAUCUGCUGUUCUAUGAGCGACGAGAUUUGGACUAUGAGCCCUAUUUGCCAAAAGUAGAUCGUAAACAGAUAUCGCCGGAGCACCUGGCGGAACUGGAAGAAAGUGACAACGAGCUGAAGAAAAUGUGUACGCUUAUGUAGAAAAUAGCGCCGGCGCUAUCGGCGCCGGUGCGAAACUUUGGCGCUGCUACGUUAGGGAAAUUUUUCAACCUAUCGUUGCCUUCAACUAGAUAAAUUAUCUCCAAUCCGCGAUGUCAAGAACCUUACUUGGACUGAAUCCCACAACACAAAUCAUCUGAACCAGAAAUCAGAACGCGUACUAUUUAACACGGGCGUUAAAGUAAUAUAAUAGUUAAUCUGUUCCUUUCUGUGUAAAUGUAUGAAUGUAAAGGUAAAAGUUUACUGUGUCCAAUCAAGUCUUACUAUGAAUAGUUGAAACAAAAAUCCUGCUUUCCUAAAGUGAAUAUCUAUUGAAAAAAGUAUGCUAGUUUUAGAGUUAAUUGUGCUAAAGACAAAACUAUUAUACUUCUGUUUCAGAACUUUGGAAAGGUUUAUUUUACACUCCAAUCCCGGAACAUUAUAUAUCAAGGAAAAUUUAUCCGAUGAAAUCGAAUAAAUACCAGCAACACCAAAAAUUGAAAAAAAUAAACAUAAACGCACUUAGGCGCUUCAACAACGCCUCAAUCAAUAAAACAGAUAAACGGUUGAUAAGAAUUUUACAGAAAAAUUAAGUAGGUGAAACAUUCGUCGAUGCAUGAUCGCUACUCGUAACGGGAAUCAAACGUAAAUCCUUCAAACAUUUACUUUUCGUUCUUGCUUCUAAGUUUUAGGAAACAACUAGCUUUAUUAACGCAAUAAGACACAAUAAGUUAAAACAAUUCACCAAUUAAUAUUAAAACGUGUUAGUACGUUAGAACAAACAAGUCAAUCAAAAGAAGAAAGUACAUGAUUAUUGCUACAUGUAAGGCAUCGGUAUAAGAUACAUUCCAUUUUUUUUUUGCGCCAUACAAUAAUAAAAUCACAUUUUUUCGAAAAAUAUUUCGCAUAUAAAAAUGAAAGCUUUUCGCUGAAUAUGUUGCUUACUUAUGGUAUCUAGUAAGGAAAUUAAAGUUAUCCUAUUAUAAUCAUAAUGAUAUUAAAUACAUCCCUGAUAAGUGAAAUCGAUAUUUCGAAUCGGAACUCAGUACUUUUAAGUGUCAUUACGGUUUGUUAUUACGCAGCGUAUUAGCUGACAAAAACCCUCUUUUCCUUUUGCAAAAUCAAAUGGUUGGUGAACAAAAAAGCUAGAAAAUUUAAAGCAAACGCGUACUACUGAAUGUGCUUGUAAGCUUCGAACGUAUUUCGAAAGUGGUGCGUUUUAAAAACCUUCGGACCGUGUUAAAUUCACAUAUAUUAAAAAUGUUAUGUGCGAUUAAUUGUUGAGCCUUCGUUGCUUUUUUUUUAUUUUAACUGUUACGGAUUCAAAUUUGUCGUUCUAUAAUCUGUAUGGUUUUUAUUACCUGUAUAAGUGAUCCCUCAUUUUUUUUGUCUUUGUUAUCUGUGAAAAGCGUCUCGUUUGAAUAAAUAUUCUAUAUUGAUUAUUACUUAAA